CGGGCGCAGCCCUGACGCGCCGCCGAGCCGGGGGGCGCUCCGAGCGCGGGGGCCAGGCGGGAGGGAGCGCGAGCGGCCGCUGCGGUCCGAGCGGGGCGUGCCGAGCCCCCGCGGCCACCGGGCGUCCCGGCCAUGAGGAGGGACGAGCGAGACGCCAAAGCCAUGCGGUCCCCGCCGCCGCCGGACGGGGCCGCCUCGCCCCCCGAGAGUGUGAGGAACGGCUACGUGAAGGGCUGCGUGAGCCCCCUGCGGCAGGACCCUCCGCGCGGCUUCUUCUUCCACCUCUGCCGCUUCUGCAACGUGGAGCUGCUGCUGCCGCCGCCCGCCUCCCCUCAGCAGCCGCGGCGCGGCUCCCCCUUCUCCCGGGCGCGCCUCUCGCUGGGCGCCCUGGCCGCCUUUGUCCUCGCUCUGCUGCUCGGCUCCGGGCCCGAGGGCUGGGCUGCCGGGGCCGCCCGGCUGCGGACCCUGCUGAGCGUCUGCUCUCACAGCCUCAGCCCCCUCUUCAGCAUCGCCUGUGCCUUCUUCUUCCUCACCUGCUUCCUGACCCGGACCAAGCGGGGCGCCGGGCCGAGCCGGAGCGGCGGCGGCUCCUGGUGGCUGCUGGCACUCCCCGCCUGCUGUUACCUGGGGGACUUCUUGGUGGGGCAGUGGGAAGCCUGGUCUCGGGCGGACGGAGACGCCGGGGCCCCGGGCCCGCACACACCCCCGGCGGUGGCGGGCCGGUGGUUCUUGGUGCUGGGCUGCGUGGGCUUGCUGACGCUCGCGCAGCCGGGGAGGCUCCGGCACAGCAUCGUGGUGCUGCUCUUCUCCAGCUUCGUCUGGUGGGUGUCCUUCACCAGCCUCGGGGCGCUGCCUCCGGCCCUCCGGCCCCUGCUAUCCUGCCUGGUGGGGGGCGUCGGCUGCCUGCUGGCCCUGGGGCUGGAUCACUUCUUUCAAAUCAGGGAAGCUCCCCAGCAACCUCAGUUGUCCAGUACCGCGGAAGAAAAAGUGCCUGUGAUCAGACCCCGGAGGAGGUCCAGCUGCGUGUCAUUCGGAGAAACUUCAGGCGGUUACUAUGGCAGUUGCAAAAUGUUCAGGAGACCUUCGUUGCCUUGCAUCUCGAGAGAACAGAUGAUUCUUUGGGAUUGGGACUUAAAGCAGUGGUAUAAACCUCACUAUCAGAUUUCUGGAGGUGGAAGUGGAGUUGAUCUUUCAGUGCUAAAUGAGGCUCGCAAUAUGGUGUCUGAUCUUCUGGUUGACCCCACCCUUCCUCCACAAGUCAUCGCUUCCCUCCGGAGUAUCAGUAGCUUGAUGGGUGCUUUCUCAGGCUCCUGUAGGCCAAAGAUUAAUCCCCUCACACCAUUUCCUGGAUUUUAUCCCUGCUCUGAGAUAGAGGACCCAGCUGAGAAAGGAGAUCGAAAACUUCACAAGGGGCUAAACAGUAGGAAUAGUUUACCAACCCCACAUCUGAGGAGGAGCUCGGGAACCUCAGGGCUGCCACCUAUCGACCAGACUUCUCCAAGGUGGGAACGCAGUAAUGGCAAACGGCCUCACCAAGAAUUUGGCAUUUUAAGUCAAGGAUGCUAUCUAAAUGGGCCUUUUAGUUCAAAUCUACUGACAGUCCCGAAGCAAAGGUCGUCAUCUGUAUCGUUAACUCACCAUGUAGGUCUAAGAAGAGCUGGUGGUUUACCAAGCCUGAAUUCUCCCAGUCAUGGCCCAGUGUCUGCUGGCUCUCCAACUAACCGAUCCCCUAUAGAAUUUCCUGAUACUGCUGAACUUCUUACUAAACCAACUGUCAUUUUACACAAAUCUCUGAGCAAUCCACCCAAUUCACCAGAUUUUUAUCAGCAACUAAGAAAUUCUGAUAGCAAUUUAUGUAACAGCUGUGGACAUCAAAUACUGAAAUAUGACUCAGCAUCUGAAUCAGAGUCCGGUACAGACCGCCUCAGGGGAGAGUCAGGUGAUGAAGAAAAUACCAUUUUCUCAAAAGCAUCAUUCAGCCUUACCGAAGCUCAACAAGAAGUGGAAACAGAAAACAGAGACUUAAGAAAAUUACUUUGGGAAGGUGAUAAUCACCUAAAAGAAGCAGCACAGAAUGAAGAGCAACCAAAUAUUGAACAAGAAGCAUCACAGGAUGUGAUUUUAAUAGAAGAUUAUGACUCAUUAAUAGAAAAUAUGAGUAACUGGAAUUUUCAAAUUUUUGAACUUGUAGAAAAGAUGGGAGAGAAAUCAGGAAGGAUCCUCAGUCAGGUUGUGUAUACCCUAUUUCAAGACACUGGCUUAUUGGAGAUAUUUAAAAUUCCCACUCUACAAUUCAUGAACUACUUUCAUGCUUUAGAAAAUGGUUAUCGAGACAUUCCCUAUCACAAUCGUAUACAUGCCACAGACGUCCUACAUGCUGUUUGGUAUCUGACAACACGGCCCAUUCCCGGCCUACAGCAGAUCCACAGUGAUCAUGGAGCAGGAAAUGAAACAGCAAUUAACCCUGAGCGAAUUGCUUACAUUUCUUCGAGGAGCUGCUCGAUUCCAGAUGAGAGCUAUGGCUGCCUUUCUUCAAACAUUCCUGCGCUGGAAUUGAUGGCUCUGUAUGUGGCAGCUGCCAUGCAUGACUAUGACCACCCGGGACGGACAAAUGCAUUCCUAGUGGCUACCAAUGCCCCUCAGGCAGUCUUAUACAACGACAGAUCUGUUUUGGAAAAUCAUCAUGCUGCAUCAGCCUGGACUCUAUAUCUUUCUCGCCCAGAAUACAACUUCCUUCUUAAUCUUGACAAUGUGGAAUUCAAGCGCUUUCGUUUUUUAGUCAUAGAAGCAAUCCUUGCCACAGAUCUUAAAAAGCAUUUUGAUUUCCUUGCUGAAUUCAAUGCCAAGGCCAAUGAUGUAAAUAGUAAUGGUAUAGAAUGGAGGAAUGAAAACGAUCGCCUCUUGGUGUGCCAAGUGUGCAUCAAACUGGCAGAUAUUAAUGGCCCGACCAAAGUUCGAGACUUGCAUUUGAGAUGGACAGAAGGCAUUGUCAAUGAAUUUUAUGAGCAGGGAGAUGAAGAAGCAAAUCUUGGUUUGCCCAUCAGUCCCUUCAUGGAUCGUUCUUCUCCUCAACUAGCAAAACUCCAGGAAUCUUUUAUCACCCACAUAGUGGGUCCCCUGUGUAACUCCUAUGACGCUGCUGGUCUGCUACCGGGUCAGUGGAUAGAAUCAGAAGAGGACGAUGAUACUGAAAGUUGUUAUGAGGAAGAAGAUGCUGAAGAAUUAGAUACAGAGGAUGAAGAAAUAGAGGACAAUCUAAAUCCUAAACCACAAAGACGGAAAGGCAGACGGCAAAUAUUUUGUCAGCUAAUGCACCAUCUUACCGAAAACCACAAGAUAUGGAAGGAAAUCAUAGAGGAAGAAGAGAAAUGUAAAGCUGAUGGGAAUAAACUGCAGGUGGAGAAUUCUUCCUUACCUCAAGGAGAUGAGAUUCAGGUCAUUGAAGAAGCAGAUGAAGAGGAAGAGAGACAGUUGGAAUAAAAGAAAAGGCAUGGUGAAGAAGCGCCUUGGGCCGUGCCUUAUGUCGAUGUCAUUGCCCAGUGCUCACCACACUGACUUGGAACUGACUGCUCCUAGGUGGACAGGCCCUAACACUGUGAGAGGAUCCUUGCGUGCCAGCAUUUCCCACUCCCAUGCACUUUUUCACCACAUGGACGAAAAGUAUCCUUAAGAGCUUGGUUUCAGUUGACUUGUAUUGCCAAGCCCAUACUCAAGUGCUUUUAUUGGUGUAUAAAUACUUUGUCCUAAUACUGCUUUGCUGAGUAAAGGCUUUUAUUGUUCAUGAGGCAGGAGCUGUACCUAAAAACUCAACUAAUUCACUGUAGUUUCCUAAGUGGCCAACUUUCUGCUUUCUUAAAGACGUGAUUUUAAAAAAAGAAAAAAACAACAAGGGAGUUCCCUGGCGGUCCCCCUGGUUAGGACUCGGCGCCUUCACUGCUGUGACCCAGGUUUAAUCUCUGGUUGAGCUCAGUCCCUGGUCAGGGAACUAAGAUCCUGCAAGCCGCAGAGCACAGCCAGAAACAAACAAACAAAAAACCCCAAAACAAAAAGCCCCACAAAACAGGAUUCAUAUUGUAUUUCCAGAUGUGUCUUUUAUGUCUUUGACUGUUUCGGGGGGUGGGGGGAGGAGCAGUCUCUGUCUAUCUAAAAAGAGAAAUCCAGUGUUGCCUUUCUGAGGGGUCUGUUUAAUGCAGCACACUUCAGUGUUCUCCAGCUAGGUGUAUCCAUGAAGGACUGAGUAACCUUUGUUACAUUUAACAAAACCCAGGUGCAUCAAUUUUUGAUGCUUUUUACUGUUUUGCUUUUUACAUCUACUACUAGGUGUAUGUUCUUUCUCAGAGUAUUCAGGUUUGCCAUGGACAUCAGAAGUCUGAAUUCCAGUCUUAUCAACUUUCUAUUCCAUGGUUGAAUUUUAAAGCUGUUUAGGUUUAACAAUGAAGGAAUUUUAUUUAGUCAAAACUGUUCUUAUUUUUACUCUUGCUCAGGAUUAGUAUUUGUAAACAUUAAGUUUAAUAUAAACACAAAUUUGUCAGAAGAAAAACAAAAACCUGUCCUAAUAUUGAUGUUAACCUUUUAUGAAACGAGCAUUAUUCUGUCUUCUGGAAUUUGAGACUAAUUAAAGCCAAGGAAAAGGAGAUGUCUGUCUUUUGCCUUACUACAAAAAUCAGAUGCAGUUAAUCAUAUCAAAGAUAAAGAAGAAAUGAAAUAGUGUGUGCUCUAAAGGUCACAUGUUGAAUAAGUAAUUGAAUAUGUGCUUAAUCUUUAGAUCCCUAUCUUGGGUGUCAUGUGUUUAGUUACUGUAAAACCCAUGUUCAUCUUUCUGUUAAUUUCCUUCUGCCUUGAGACUACAUGACAGAAAUGACCUGUGACUACUCAGUACAUCUGGAGCCCAACUACAAGUCUAGUUUCUGAGAUAAAGUAAAUGAUGGGAGUACUUAUUUAAUUUUUAUAUUAAAAGCAUUAAAUAUUUUGGUAAUAUCAUUUACACAAAAGCACAUUAAGAUAAUUAAAUGAACCAUAUUUAUGAUGUUUAUAAACCUGUUAGGGUCCAGAUAUAUACCCUAGUUGUGAAAAAUUUUUGAAUAUAUAAAGUGCAGCCAGAAGGAUGGCAAGAUGGUAGGCCAAUAUUUUCCAUUAUUCUUAGAGACCAUAUUAUAUUUUGCAUCCAUGUGGCUUUGGAAAAUAAGUUGUGUAGCAUUUUUCAUUUUCCAAGAUAAUUCCUUUUUUAAAAUUAAUUUUUAUUAGUGUAUGGUUGAUUUAUAGUGGUGUGUUAGUUUCUGCUGUAUGGCAAAGUGAGUCAGUUAUACAUAUACCCACUCUUUUAGAUUCUGUUCCCAUAUAGGUCAUUACAGAGUAUUGAAUAGAAUUUCCUGUGCAAGGUAAUUCCUUUAAAGUAUGAUGUCAGCAAGCAAUUUCUUAACUAUCUAGAUUAUAUAGCUUAUCUGAAAGAUAUCAGUUAAAGACCCAUGGAAGUGUUGGAAGUUUUGAUCCUGUAUAAUAUCAAAAUAUUUAAUGAAUCACUAAGCUUUAUUUAUUAGAUACUUUGAGUGCUGAACUCCUUCCUACUAUUUUUGCUACCAUUGUCACAUCAUUGUAAGCUGGUCCCUCAUUACUGAGUAAUAAAAUUUUAUCUAAUUUA